GAAUCUAGCAUCAGGACGUUCUGAAGUCUCCCAAUUUCGUUGUAAAAUGCAGACCAACUCUUGUCCUGUGCGUUUAGUAUGCUAUGGAAUAUUGGCUACAAGCAACGAAUUAAUUUCGUUAAAUAAACGUACAUUCAUUUGGGUAUUGUUCAUACCACGUACAACGCAUGCACAUUUAUGGACUCAAACCGAUUGGGUUGAGUUUUGGCUUGAAAGUGCCAUUCCCGAUUUGUCUGUUCAAAAUUUUGGGAUCAAUCUUGUAUUCAGGAAAAACAUGGACGAGUUAACGAGUGUAAUGGUACAAUGCUCUGCCCCAUUUGAUAGCUUCCUUGACUCUUGCUCUCCGCAGUGUUUCUAUUACAUAUGGAACGGUCAUCCUGAGGUGUUCGUUGGAACUAAGAGCUCUUUUGAGGACCUACACCCUCAGAGUUUAUUCAUUUCGCAGGGGGAGACUAGUGGAAUUGCCAAAAAUUCUUAUGACAAGGACCCAUACCCUCACAAUCAUUUUCGGUACUUUCAUCCGACCACUGCAUAUAAUUCAUGUUUCCCAACAAGACAAACUCCAAAGUGGUUCAAUCAUCAGAGUCGUGGGCACUUGGUCACAAUUGACAUACCCCCAAAUUUGUACUAUGACAGUAACUGGCUGGGACUCACUCUAUGUGCUUCAUUUUUAAUCCCCAGGGAUCAAAAUGAUGAAAUUAUAGCAAAAUCUUCUCACUUCCUAUCCUGUCAGUUCCAAACGAGUAAAGCUGGUCUGGAUGAUCAAAUCCUUGGUUACCGCACCACUGAUGAAGAAAACCAGUGGUUAUUACGUGGUCUGAAUGGACACAUUUGGAUAUCCUACAUACCUGGCGAGUCAUUUAAGCAUGUGUUCCAUCAGGGCAGCCACAUUGAGGCUUCAUUUGUCACUAAUUGGCCAGGUGUGACAGUGCAAAAAUGUGGGUUUCGUCUUUUGUACAAGCAUGAUCGGGUACAGUUUGAGCAAGAACUAAAACAUUGCAACACCUUCAUUUCUGCGCAUCGGGAUUUUACAUGUCAACUUAGCCAGCGAGCCACGAAGUUAGAAUUCAAGGAAGAACUUAUGCAAGUGCUUAAAAAGGUUAAGACUCUACUCAAUGAAAAUGAUAUGCUGGGCUUUGACAGGCACUCCAAAUAUUCGUAUUGCUUCCCCCCAGUAGAAAUUUUACCUUUGUUUAAUCAUAACACUAAUGAGCCUUCGGUGACAAUUGAUACACUCAAAGAGUACAAUGACAAUGAAUGGCAUGGAUUUGUACUAUGCGCUUAUUUUUCAAUUGACGAGCAUCAAACUGCAAUGCUUGAAAAUUUCGAUUCAACAAUAUCUCACUACCUAGUUUGUCAUUUGGAAACUGAUAUAGCUGGUCCAGACAUAAUACUCAAUGUCCAUUGCACCACUAAAGAAGAAUUCAUGUGGCUAGAUACUGAAGAUGGAUUUCUUUGGUUGUCCUAUAUUCCACGUGAGUCGUUCCCAGAUCAGUUCAAUCAAUUCACUUGGAUUAAGGCUUCAAUUAUAAGUGAUUGGCCAGGUGUGAUGGUGCAGAAAUGUGGGCUUAGUUUCUACCACAAGAAUGAUAUUUGGUUUCAGCAAAUAAGAAUAUACUGCAACGGGGAAUACAAGUCUCGAGAUCUCCCCAAUCAAGUAAUGGCUAGUUAUAUAGAGAAAACCAGUAGUGCAAAGAGUCUUCUCUGCAAAAAUGACCCACAACCUAAAGAUCAACACUGCCAAAGCAACCUGCUGGAAUUUGAUCCAUCCCUAGACUAUAAUUCUUGUUUCCCACAAAAGGAAAUUCCACAUUGGUUCAAUAUUCAGAGUGGUGAGACUCACGUGAGAUUCUGUCUGACUCGAAAAUUGUAUAAUGACACUACUUGGAUGGGAGUUGCUCUAUGUGCUCUUUUUUCAGUUGCAAAGGAUGUAGCUAAUGUCAAUGACAUUAUGGAUUCAAAAACUUCUUUCAAACUUAUUUGUCAAUUGAAAGCAAGUAAUGGGCCUAAUGAUCUCAGUGUGAAACCUCGCCAUAUCUAUUGGCCAACUAAAGAAGAUCUCAUGAUGUCACUGCAAGGUGGAUCCAUUUGGCUAUCAUAUAUACCGCGUGGAUCGUUUCCUGAUUGGCUAUAUGAUUGUACCUGCAUUAAGGUUUCAUUCAAGACAAAUUUCCAUGGCUUGAAGGUGCAGAAGUGUGGCCUUCGUCUCUUGUACCAGCAUUCCGAGGUAAAUUUCAAGAAAAUAAUCAGGGACUGCAUGAAGUCCAUGACUGAUUCUUCGAGUUUCCUUAAUCAAAUGAAGAUUAAGAAUAGAAAUAGAAAAAUGAGGUCUUGGAUUGAGAGUCAACUUGGCGAAAUUUACCCCCAUCAUAAGGAUCAACGCUGCCAAAGCAACCUACUGGGGUUUGAUCGAUGCCUUUUCUAUGAUCCCCAUUUUCCUCCAAGUGAAAUUUUGGAGUGGUUCAGUGAUUGGAACGAUGAGCACUGGGUGACAAUCCCUCUACCUCCAAAUUUGUACAAUGAUAGUACUUGGAUGGGACUGGUUCUAUGUGCUUCUUUUUCUGUCGACGUGAAUCAGACUGCUCACAUUCACAUCAUGGAUUCUGAAUACUAUUGCCUUAUGUUUCAGUUUGUAACAAAUAUUGGUACUGCAAGCCCUCUCAUUGGCUAUCAACUGACUAAAGAAAAUCUCCAAAUGUUAAAGCAAGGUACCAGAUUUAUUUGGCUAUCCUAUAUACCACGUGGGUCGCUUCGAAAUUGUCCAAAUCAAUGCAGCUACGUUAAGGCUUCAAUUACAGCCCGGUGCCCAGGCUUGAAAGUGGAGCAAACCGGCCUUCGUCUCGUGCACAAUCAUGACGAGGACGAGUUUAAGCAAACAAUAGGUGACAGCAUGAAAUCCUCGUCUGAUGAUUUGGAUCUCAUCCCUCAAUUGACAAUAGAUAAUGGAAAUAGAGAUAAGCAAAAGCUUGAUGAAGAAGGAACAUCUAGUAAAAUCUCCAGCUCUAGGGAGGAGUCUAAUUUUGAAAGUCUGAGGGGAUCCAUUGAUCCUAAAGACAAGGGCAAGGGAGUUCUAGAAGAAUAGCCACUCUAAUUUCCUUCUGAACUUACAGGUAACUGUAGCUUUGUGUGGCUGAGGAUAGGGAUACCAUUUUCUUGGAGGACCUCAACAAUGAAGUUGACUCAUGGAGGAUGAGGUGGAGCUUUCUUCUAGCUCUUGUAGGCAACAACGACGAGAUUGACCUCCUCAAUUCUUCGAUAAUAUGACGUCUCAUCAUGGUCUUUGAAUCGCCUUAGUGAGGAUGAGACAAGUCAAUGAGCUCCUAGUCCUAGGUUUCUCGAUCAUGUAAUUUUUUUUUUCUUUAGUAGAUGUGUAAAAUUGGUAGUAGAUUUGUGUUUUUCAGUUGAUGUAAAUUU